AAUAUCAUUGAAUUCACAACAGACACUAUGUCAAAAAUCAGAAUGGGGUUGAGUGUAGAUUUGGUUUGGUUUGUUGUGCUUGUCUCAUUCAAGUCAUUCAGUGAUGCCCAGAGUUUGCUUUUUCCAAUGCCAUCACGUAUUCAAGAAACAUCUGACUUUGUCAGCUAUGGUCCACAGCAGCAAGCAGAAGAGCCUGUGAGCACAGACUCACGGAUGCCCACCCAAGACUUAUUCAGGCCUAUUCAGACCCCUAUGCCAUUUGAACAAAGGAUACCUGUUCAAAUCCCUGUCCAAGCUGAGCACCGGAAACUUGCACCAUCUCCUAUACAGUUUGAAUAUAGAAACCCUGUUCAAAAACCAACCCAGGUGCCUGUAAAAUAUGAAUCUCAACAGCCUGCCAGAAAGCAACAGGUGUUUCAACUAGGGAAACAGUCUGUGCAGGGCCCAGUACUGAACCAUAUGGUGAAGGAGGCCAAAGUGCCUGUGGAGUUUGAGCUGAAGAAUCCAGUGUCUGCCACCAGCGUAGCGGUCCAGUGCGGGGAGGACAUGGUUCGGGUGGAGGUCAAGCAGGAUUUCCUAGGGAACGGUCAGUUGAUCCGACCGUCUGAUCUGACCCUGGGAGGCUGCACGUCCACAGAGUUUGACCAUGCUGACCAGAGGCUGCUGUUUGAGUCUGAGCUGCAAGAAUGUAGGAGCACACUAACGAUAACCGAGGAUGUACUCAUCUAUACCUUUACCCUUAUCUACACACCAACACCAGUUGAAGGCACUCCCAUUGUAAGAACAAAUUAUGCUGAGGUUGGAGUUGAAUGCCAUUAUCAAAAGAAGCACAAUGUGACCAGUAAUGCUCUGAAGCCUACCUGGGUUCCCUAUGCCUUCACCAAGGUUGCAGAGCAGCAGUUGGUAUUUUCUCUCAGGCUCAUGACAGAUGACUGGCAAUUUGAGAGGCCCUCCAGUGUCUACUUUCUGGGGCAUGUCAUGAACAUUGAAGCCUCCAUUAUCCAAGACCACCACACAACUCUCCGUGUCUACGUGGACAGCUGUGUGGCUACGCUGGCCCCUGAAAUGGCCUCUAAACCUAGAUAUUCCUUCAUUGAGAACCAUGGGUGUCUGACUGAUGCCAGACAGACAGGCUCCAAGUCCCACUUCCUGCAGCAAACUGAGGAUGACAAACUCCAGUUUCAGCUUGAGGCCUUCAGGUUCCACCAAGAUGAGAGGAGCUCUAUGUACAUCACGUGUCAUCUGAGAGCAAGGUCGACCUCUGCUUCCAUUGACUCAGAACACAAGGCUUGCUCGUUUACUACAGAGGCAAACCGGUGGGUUUCAGCAGGUGGAGAUGACCAGGUGUGUGGCUGCUGUGACUCCACCUGUGGCAUGAGAAAGGGGAGGAGUCUGCCGACUGACAAUGUAUUCUACCAGAAUAGUUGGGAAGCGGAGGCUGCCCUCGGUCCCAUCUUAGUCCAGGACUCUGACUGGCUACAGAUGGAUGAGUUCCCUGAGGAGCAGGCGUCUCAACUAGAGGUCAACUACCAGAGCACAACAGGUGUGUCUCUCAUGAUGAUACUGCUGGCUGCUGUGUGUGCAGCUGUGGGAGUGGUCUCGCUCACUGCACUGGCGACAUUGCUGUAUUUGAGGCUACGCAAGCCCCACAGGCAACAACCAUGUAGAUGACAAUAAACCUGUUCUGAACUGA